AUGGAACAGAGAAUAUUUAAAAAAGUAUUUUCAAACAUUGUAUUAUUUAAUUAUAUCUAUUCAUUUGUACCAAUCAUUUAUCAAGACGAAAGAGUUGUAUCAUAUAGAUUUAAAGAGUUACCAUCGAUCAAUAUAUGUCGGCUAGAUUCAUCUUCAUCUGCGAAACAAAUACAACUAUUUCAAGUAAAGCUGAAACAUGACAAAGAUUUUGUGGUUUACUUUAAGAAACUACCUGCAAUCCUAAGAAGUAGUUGGAUUGAUUUAAAUACUGUCAAGACAUUGUUGAAAAGAUUUCCACAUUAUUUCCACAACUCUUUGGUACCAAGUGCUAAAGAAGAAAGAAACAAUGACAAGACCUAUCGAUCAAAGAGUUGGAUACUAGAUUGUCUAUCGAUAUCUGGUAAUCUAGAAUGUUUACAAUACAUCAUUGAACAAUGUCCUUGGAUUGGUGGUAUUACUCCCAACACUGUCGAUAUGGCAUGUGAAUCGGGACACUUGCACAUUGUCCGUUACCUCCUCUCAUCAUUCAAGGGUAUUGGACCAAGUCACGCUGGAUUUGAAGGUGCUGCACUCAAUGGCCACCUGCCAGUCAUUCAACACCUACUCGCUACGACCAACAUCAAGUUUACUCACCAAGCUGUGAUGAGUGCCGCCAAGUCUGGAGUAGUCGACCUCGUUCGUCUGCUACUCAAAGAAAUCAAACGUGCAGAGAAAGGGUCUGGUCUGAGUUUAGAUCAAUUCCUAAUGGCUGCUGCCAUCCAAGGUGGGUCACCCAACGUCGUUAAAUUGGUAUUCGAUCAUCUUGGAAGAGACUGUCUCAACAACUCUUGUUAUUUCUUGAUGGAUAUUGCAGCAGAGAUUGGUGAUUUGGAGAUUGUCAAGUUUCUAGAAUCCAAGAAAUUGGUGACUCCAUCAGUUCGCGAGAAACCGACACGUCUCUCAUUACCAGCUGCCAGGGGACACUAUGACGUCGUAGAGUACUUGCACAGAAAGAAAUUGUCGAUGCUGACACCAGGCGAUCUCCAAGAGGCAUGUAAACACAACCAAAUGGCAAUCGUCAAGUAUAUCGUGGACAAGGAGCCAAGCGGGAUCUCUGUCAUGUGUGACACUGCACUUGGCUUGGCCGCAGAGUCUGGUCAUUUAACAGUAUGCCAAUAUCUCUUUGAAAAGGGUCUCGUGCGACAAUGUAAAUCCGAGACACUUGUGGCAGUAUGCGAAGCGGGGCAUUUCGAGGUGGCCAAGUUCCUUGUUGACAACAAAUUUUGUGCAAGUGUCAAUCCAACAGAGUCAGCAACCGUCACCGAGACAAUGGAUAAAUGUCUCAAGGCCAAUGCCAAGGUUGGCAACCUCGAUAUGUUUCAGUACCUCGUCAAAUCAUUUAAUUUGUUGACCGUCGAGUUUGACACGAUGAAAUACUCGAGUUUUACUAUCAACCCAGUAGAGCUGCGUCAUCACCAAGGAUCCAUGCUCAUUCUCAAGUGUAUGCAUGUCGCUGCCGAGCACAGUCACAUCAACCUUGUCAAAUGGAUGGUCGCACACUACACCAUCCCGCUGUCCAAGGUGCGUUUACUCCUCACCAUCGUUGCAGAGGUAGCAUCUUCAGAGUUGUUGGAUAUGUUUUAUCAGGAUGAUGCCGAUACUACAAUUGACAGUAUUUUACCAAUCUUGCAAGCUGCAUCCAAUCAUGACAAUGUAACAUGCUACCAAUACUUUUUAGCCAAGGGUGUACCAAAACAACUAUUCAAAUGUCCACUACUAAUGGACAAGGCAAUUGAAAAAGGUGCAAUUAAAAUUGUUAGAUGGUUGCAUCUAAAUAUUAUUGGUGUUGUCGGUGGUGGUGACAAUACUAUUGCAACAUGUUCUUCACAAUCUGUUGAUAUGGCAGCUAUAAAUGGUCAUCUUGGUGUCAUUCAAUACCUACAAAGACACGGUAUUCAUUCAGGAUUCUCUUCUUCAACUGCCACUGUGGCACUCAUGUAUGGUCAUUACGAAUUGGUUCACUUUUUAUUAAAUAAUCGUACAGAAGGAUAUAUCAGUCAGGGACGAUGUCUUGUCGUGGCAUGUUCCUCAAAUCACCUAGAAAUUAUCGAAUACCUACAUACACACCACGGGCCAUUGCCCAUCACAUCCUCUUUGUUUAAACAUGACCACGAAGAUAUCUACCGAUUCCUCAUACAAAACUACUACGCCAUCAUCACCAAACAAUUAAAUAUUAGCGACCUUGGACAAAGACAAGCAUUCUUUUUGACCAUUCUCAAACAACAUGAACAAAUGUUGGAAAAUUUAAACAACGCAAACAAUACAACAUUUUCAAAACUUGCUAAAAUAAUCUUUAAAUCUAAAUAA